UGCGGAGAUCGUGCUGGGUCGUGUACUCUGCAGUAGUAGAAGACCGACAACUCCAGAUUCACGAUGACAAUUUGUGCCAUUUUUGGCUGCAGAACGAGAAGCGAUUCUUCUGCUAUCAAGGACAAGGCACAGCCACACAUCGGACUGUUUAGUUUGCCCGCGGUUAUUAAGAACCAGUGUGAACGAACGAGGCUCUUGUCUGAGCAGCGCCGGAGCGUUUGGCUGGCAAGGAUAAAUAGAAAGGACUUGAAGAAUGACAAGUAUGUCCGUGUUUGCGGUCUUCACUUCGUCAAAGGGAAGCCUGCCUGUUUGAUGGACGAUGGAAAUCCGGACUGGGCACCGAGUCUGCGGCUGGGCCACGGCCGUUAUGACCGCACUACUGUGGUUUCAUCCGCGCGUUACAUGCGGUGUAAACGGCGACAGCAGAACAAGCCACGUGCUGCUGCAGUGUGCAAGCAGCCCGUGAGGCCUGUAACGCCACCUGAGCACGCCAUAGGCUCGGAACUAGAGCCUGAUGAGCUCACUCCAAUGGGCCCCAUUCUGGAGUCUACUACAACGACAGAGGCAGAAGUCCAAACUGAGCUCACGUGCAGAGACCUCCAAUUGCUAGAAGAAGAUUACCGCAAACUAUCCGUUGAGCUGGCCACGUUGAAACAGCAAAAAGAGGAAAUGGAAAUGUCGGAGGCGUCCCUGCGUGAAGACCCCAACAAAGUGUCAUUCUACACAGGCCUUCCAAAUUUUGUAGUUUUAAUGGCUGUGUUCAACCUGCUAGAGAAGUUUGUUAAACACACACCACAAAACUCAUUGGUAAAGUUUCAAGAAUUUUUAGUGUUCUUAAUGAAGCUUAAGUUGAACCUGCCAUACCAAGACCUUGCUUACCGCUUUAAUAUAUCGGAAUCGACAGUAUGUCGGAUAUUUGACAAAUGGCUACACGUUGCAUUUUGCAGACUGAAGCCUCUGAUGUCAUGGCCCUCAAGGCAAGCAAUAAGGAGGACAAUGCCUCAAGCCUUUUUUGAAUCAUUCGGAGAAAAGGUAGCGGUCAUAGUCGACUGCUUUGAGAUCAAGCUUGAACGGCCGUCAUCCCUGCAACCAAGAUGUCAGACUUGGUCCCAGUACAAAUCUAGCAAUACAGCCAAGUACCUUAUCGGAAUAUGUCCUCAGGGAGUGAUCACCUUUAUUUCCGAUGGUUGGGGAGGCAGGACCCCUGACAAACAUAUUACUGAACACUGCGGCAUUCUUGACCAUUUAUCUCAUGGUGAUGUGGUACUGGCUGACAGAGGCUUUGAUAUUGCCGACAGUGUAGGCUUGUACUGUGCAAAGCUCCACAUACCUGCAUUCACCAAAGGCAAAAGACAAUUGUCAGCAGUGGAUGUCGAGGCAACGAGAAAUAUUGCAAAUGUCAGAAUUCACGUUGAGAGGGUGAUCGGCUUGGUUCGUAACAAGUAUGUCAUAAUGAAAUCCGUUCUGUCACUAGAGUAUGCGACUCUCAAACAGGGACACCAGUUCACACCUCUAGAUAAAAUCGUCAACGUUUGCUGUGCACUGACAAAUUUCUGUCAAUCUGUUGUUCCUGCAAAUCCAGAGCCAUGUAGCUAAGCUUGCCGAGUAUGCGUGGUAUUUGGAAAAGGCUAUUCUUGCACGAUAAUGUGAGAGAGAAUAGUCUAGAGGAAUUUGAACUCCCACAAGUAAUGCCGGAAGAAGUAAAGAACGCCUUGGGAGCUAUGCAAAGGGGGAAGGCAGCUGGGGAGUAUCAGGUAACAGCAGAUUUGUUGAAGGAUGGUGCGCACAUUGUUCUAGAAAAACUGGCCACCCUGUAUACACAAUGCCUCAUGACCUCGAGCGUACCGGAAUCUUGGAAGAACACUAACAUAAUCCUAAUCCAUAAGAAAGGGGACACCAAAGACUUGAAAAAUUAUAGACCGAUCAGCUUACUGUCCGUUACCAGGCAGGAUUCCAUAAAGGCUACUCAAUAGACCAUAUUCACACUAUCAAUCAGGUGAUAGAGAAAUGUGCGGAAGAUAACCAACCCUUAUAUAUAGCUUUCAUUGAUUACGAGAAAGCGUUUGAUUCAGUCGAAACCUCAGCAGUCAUGCAGACAUCAUGGACUCGGGGCAUAGACGAGCCGUAUGUAAAUAUACUGAGAUAUAUAGCGGCUCCACAGCCACCGUAGUCCUCCAUAAAGAAAGCAACAAAAUCCCAAUAAAAAAAGGUAUCAGGCAAGGAGAUACAAUCUCUUCAAUGCUAUUCACAGCGUGUUUACAGGAGGGAUUGAGAGACCUGGAUUGGGAAGAAUUGGGGAUAAGAGUUAAUGGAGAAUACCUCAGUAACUUGCGAUUCGCUGAUGAUAUUGCCUUGCUUAGUAACUCAGGGGACCAAUUGCAAUGUAUGCUCACUGACCUGGAGAGGCAAAGCAGAAGAGUGGGUCAAAAAAUUAAUCUGCAGAAAACUAAAGGAAUGUCUAACAGUCUCGGAAGAGAACUGCAAUUUACAAUAGGUAGCAAGGCACUGGAAGUGGUAAGGGAAUACACCUACUUAGGGCAGGUAGUGACUGCUGAUCCGGAUCAUGAGAAUGAAAUAAUCAGAAGAAUAAGAAUGGGCUGGGGUGUGUUAGGCAGGCAUUUGCAGAUCAUGAACAGCAGGUUGCCAUUAUCCCUCAAGAGAAAAGUAUAUAAUUGCUGUGUCUUACCAGUACUCACGUACGGGGCAGAAACCUGGAGGCUUACGAAAAGGGUUCUACUUAAAUUGAGGACGACGCAACGAGCUAUGGAAAGAAGAAUGAUAGGAGUAACGUUAAGGGAUAAGAAAAGAGCAGAUUCCAAGGGAUGGGAAGCGUAGCAGGGGGCGGCAGAAAGUUAGGUGGUUGAAUGAGAUUAAGAAGUUUGCAGGGAUAAGAUGGCCACAAUUAGCACAUGACCGGGGUAAUUGGAGAAGUAUGGGGGAGGCCUUUGCCCUGCAGUGGGCGUAACCAGGCUGACGAUCAUGAUUGUUGCAUACACUGUGCAAUUUACCUGUAACAAAUUUUUACCUGUAAUUUUUUUACUGUACUCAGCAUAGAGGCUGCCAGUUCUCUCUUAGCAGAACAAAACAUCCCAAACAUCGCACUGCUUGAUUUUUGAGCAGACUAUCAAAAAUUUUUUUCUGGUUCGUACUAUCAAUGACUGAAAUUAUCAAAAGCGAUUGUUCAGUGUUCCGACCUAGAAGUUUUGAAAACGCCCUUGCGUAAUAUUUUUGUCUGUUUUGAAUUUGUAUGUUUGUGACCCAUAUAAUAUGCAAUUUUGUUCGAAUCUAUCUUGCAAUUGUUUGUUUGCUGUUUGCACCUGUCUGGGAGCACUAUACUGUUUCUAGUUGCUUUGCUUGAAACAUUAUUUGUAUUCCUGCUGAUGCAAUGAUACGUUGAUGUUUUGGAUCUUACUUCUGGUUAAAGUAUGGCUUGCUUUGUGAAUGGUAUCUAGGAAACCAAUUUUGUUCAGAUGUUUUGUUAAGUUGUACUUUUUUUAACCUAAAUUCUGUGACCUGAAUUAUCAAAUGUCUGAUUUUACACUAUUUGUUUGUUUAUGGGGUUUUACGUCCCAAAAUGACUCGGGGUAUGAGAGACGCCGUAGUGGAGGGCUCGGGAAACUUCGUCCACCUCGGGUUUUUUAACGUGCACUGACAGCGUACAGUACACGAGCCUCUAACAUUCCACCUUGUAUUUCUAUUUUAUAUUGCUCUGUAAUCGCAACUCCUGUCUUGGCAGUGCUGACAGUAUGAAUAAAUAACAUUCAUUCAGCACUAAGGAACAAGGACACAAAAGAAACAUACCACAGGACGGGUGCUAACUACCCAAUCUCUUUAUUGUUGGCAGUGUGAUAUACUGAUUGAAGCUUUCUCUUCAUACCGCACUGACAAAGCAGUCUUGCCUAGUGAGCUCUGAAAUCUGCAUCACAUCAAAGACAAAUGCAAUUGAAACCACCGUUGCAACUUGAAGGGGAAAGUCCAUGUACAUUGAGAGUUACAGUUGUCUUUCAACCCUUCUGUCGUUCGCCUAGCUUGUACUCGGGCAUAGAAUAGUUUGAUUGGUCCCCACAUGUGUGACGGAUGAGUAUGACCUUCUGUUUCGGUGUGUGUUCCAAGAGACAUUGCACAGCAGAUCACAAGACACCAUCUCGGAAUGCAUAGCGCCACUCGAGUAGAGCAUUGUAGCAGUGGCUGGUUAUGUGGCCAAACUUCUUUAGGAGUUUCUUCCUUUUCCACAUGUGAUCUUUCCCAUACCAUUUGUAUGUAGCUGAUGAGAGCUUGUCGCCAUGCUAAAUCCAUAAAUCCUUCAUUAGCUACAAGUCUGAUUUGAAGUAUCUUCUGCAAUUGCUGACACAGAACUCAUGGUAACAUAUUUGUGAAAGCUUGGGGCUUUUGUUCCAGGGACUCUGCUAAGAUUUCUCCAGUUGAGCACAGUCUGCACAAUACCAGUGCUUCUGCUUUGGUGCCCGCUUCAUUCCAAUGCACGAGUAGUGGAACCAUUUGUAUGGGCAGUGUUCCCCAUCACAUGCCACCAUUCUUCCUGUUUCUGGGCCUCGACAGUAACAGUACACAGAUCUUUUAGCACUAGUGCCAGCCUUUGGUGUAUCUUUUCGGGUGAAGUAUUGUGAAAACAUUUCAGGUAGCACAACAUGUGUGAAAAAUCGUGUUGCCAAUUCCAGAAUUCCUUGAAAGAAUGCACAAUCUUCCACUAUUCUUUCAAUAUGUACAGAAGUUGGCGUCCAAACGACAAAGUCGCAGUAUUUCACCGCACACAUUGCCAGCUGUGUUUGGACUUGGUAGAAAUACUCGUGCGUCCUCUUUAAGCGAGGUCCUUCUGGACUAGCUUCCAGGCAGAAAUCUUUGUUGCUCAAUGCUGCUUCUAGUCCUUGUACUGCAAGUGAAUAAGGGCAUUUUACUUCAACAAUGCCUUCACCGCAGCAUAGACAGCUGACAAUAGCAUCUGGGGAUGCUGAAAGGUGGGGAUAUUUGGCACUUAAACAAACGCCGGCCCUCCUUAGUGUCACAUUGUUGUGGCAUUGCACUGCAUUUGCUUGGUACUUGGAGAGGGCAGCACUUUCAUGCUUGAGUCCCCAGUCUGUGGCUUCAGAUGAAAACUUGUUUUUCUCUGGGUAGCAGAUUCUUCUCAACAAGCUUAUUGACGGGUAGUCCACGUUUGUCCUACACACACUCUUCAUAACUGAAGCUGUUACUCGUCCAGCUCUAAAUGCAAACCACUUUGCACAUUUUGACUGCUCUCUUGUUACGGCUUCGACAUGCUGCACCAUAUCUUCUGUUAUCACCAUUUCUUUCAAAAACUCUUCGGCUCGGCUCACCAGAGCAGGCAAAUCCUCAGAAGCGGCCUCUUCACACAUUAGGGUUCGAAGAAGUAAAGGCUCUUUUGCUCGUGGUGGAUGAAAAAGAGAGCUAUAUUUUUCAUGCAGAGUAAACAACGCUGGCGUCACUCCUGCAUCUGCUAUUGCUGAAAAGCACUGCUCAAGCUCUGCAUCUGUCGCAGCGGGGAUUGGCAGUAGCCUAUGUGAUGAAGGGGUUACAUGUGCAGUAAUAGUACUGUUUAUAAUGUUGUCCAUCUUUUUCUUCUUUGCUUUUGACGAAGAAAAGUCGAUUUCCCUUAGCCUUCGGAAUUCAACAUUCCGGCUAUGAGCUGGCAGCCAUGUAUUUUUCUUUUCAGUACAAGUAACGGAGUCCCUCAGCCUCACAGCUGUCUCUAUGGCAAAAAGUGUAGCAGCAACAUGCGAGCAUGCUUCGCCUACACCUGCCAUGCACGUGCAAUGCGCUGUCCCGACAGUUCCAUCUGCUUUGGCAAGAAUCCACACUUUAAGGGGUACCUCCCGUAGGCGCUGAGAGUGGUUGACCUGAAAUGUCAAACAACAUGAUUUCAGCAAAUACAGUUUUUGAAAUGUGAAAUGUCAAAUAAACUGAUUUCCACCAA